AUGCUCACUUACGGAGACUUGCACCGCGGCAACAUCAUAAUUUCCCGCACAGAUCCGCCGCGUGUCAUGGGCGGUACUCAACUCAACAGUGGAUGGUAUCCCGACUAUUGGGAGUAUUGCAAGGCUCUAUACCCGUCUCAUUAUAAUGGGGAUUGGCGCAAUACCUGGAUACCAAGAAUCGUGGAACAGUAUCCAGAAGAAUUUACUGCGUUCUCGGAAUAUGUCAUGCAGAUAGGAGCUAUAUGA